AUGAGUUUAGCUAAAUUUGCAUUCAAUAUUUAUGGUUCAUUAGGUUCUCCAAGUGAAACUAUUUCAACUGUUUCUUCAUCAAAUUCCGAUAGAUUAAUAUAUUAUUGUGAUAGAGAAGUUAAUACUCUAAGUCAAUUUAAAAAUGCUGCUGUUAUUGGUGGUAAAAAUUAUCUAAAAUUAUUAUAUUUUACUGAAGAUCAAUCAAGAAUUAUAAACGAGGUUACUUUGGAUAAUAAGAAAUUGAAUAUAAAUACUUUGAAAACAUAUGAUGAUAUAAUUGCAGCUGGUUUAACAAAUGGUCAAAUUAAUAUUUAUCAAAAUGGUCAACAACAAUUUAUGAAAUUAACGGAUCAUAUAAGAUCAAUUAAUUCAUUAGAUUUUAUAGAUGAGAAUCAAUUGGUGAGUGGAUCACAAGAUGGUUUGAUUAAGGUUUGGGAUCUAAGAUCCUCAAAGCCUACAAUUACACUAGGAAAUUCUCAUGAUCCGGUACGAGCAUGUCAGAAUAAAAACAGCAACUUAAUACUUUCAGCUAAUGAUUCUGGUUCACUUUAUAAAUACGAUUUAAGAAACGUUUCAACAUUUGAAAAGAAGUGGAAUUUACAUACUGGUCCUUGUUUAUCAUUACAUAUACAUUCGGAAUUAGAUUUAGUUGCCACGGGUGGUAGAGAUCAAAAAAUUAAUGUAUUAAAUUUUGAAAAUUAUACAAAUUUACCUGAUUAUACUAUAAAUACAUAUGGUCCAAUAUUAAAAGUACGAUGGAAUAAUGAUGAUUUAGCAUGUUCAUAUUUUGAUGAUUUGAAUAUAACAAUUUAUAAUUUGAAUAGAAAAUUUAUACCUAAAAGGGUUUUAUCAUUACAAAAACCAAUUAGUAAUUUCAUAUGGGCAAAUAAUAAAAUAUGGGUAUUGACAAAAUCAAAUGCAUUUGUAUCUUAUGAUUAUAAUGAAACUAUUCAACCAAUUGAAAAUUUAGAUAAUAUGGCAUUUAGCUGGAAUGAUUCAAAUGAUUUAAUAUUGACAAGUAAUGAUAAAGAUGAUUAUGAGAAUCCAUAUAUAAUGUGUGCUGAAUUAAAUUUACCACAAUAUGAUGAUGAAGUGUUUAAAAUUUUGGCUACAAAUUAUUUAACUGAAAUCCCAACAGGUUGUUCAAUUAUAGAUGUUUGCAUGAUAAAUUCAAAUAUUGCAAUGAAUGUUGGGUAUCAUCGAGAUUGUCAAGUUUGGAGAUUAUUAGCAAUUAGUAUCGAAGAAGAAUCAAUUGAGGAAAUAGAAGAAAUUGAAAUUGAAACAGAAGUGCCAAAUUCAAUAGCAUCAAGUAAUUUUAGUUCGAUGUCAUCAUCUCCAAAAUCAACAAGACAAUUUAGAAAGAAAGUUGUUAAAUUAUCUAAACCUUCUAAAUUUUCAAUUAAUUUGAAUGAUGAUAAAGUAUGGAAAUUUAAAAUUUUAUUGAUAAAACAUUUGGAAUAUUCGAUAUUACAAGGUGAUGUGAUAUUUAUAUCUACUAUAAUAUUAUUAUUUUAUGGUUUGGUGCCUGAUAUGCUUGAUGAGGUACAAAUUAUAGAGAUUUUAGAUAAAUAUGUGGAACUACUACUGAAAAAACAAUUAUUCACUAUCAGUGUAUCUAUAUUAAAUAAAAUACCAGAAAGUCUAAAGUCUAAAGUGGCUAAGAAUUAUUUCAAGAAUGUUCAUUUUAAUACUUAUUGUGAUAAUUGUAAAACUUUAAUUAUGAAUAAUGAUAAACAAAAUUAUUACUGCUCGGAGUGUUUCAAAAUGUCAAAUAAAUGUGUAUAUUGUAAUGAACCAAAUAAUGGAUUAUCAAUAGUGGCUAAUUUAAAUUGUGGUCAUAGAGGUCAUUUUGGGUGUUUAAAAAAAUGGUUUGUCGAUGAAGAGCAGGUUGAUUGUCCAGCUUGUUAA